AAUUUCCUUGUUUGUUUAGUGGUGGUGUUUUAUGUGGGCGAGAGUGGGAUGUGAUCGUGAAAGUGACGGUUAAGAAGAACGAUGGGACCAGACGGGUACGUGGUGCCGGCGGACCCACAGGCGGUUGUUGUUGCGAAGAAGAAAACGCAGUCGUCUCGGAGUUGGAUACUUUUCGACCGUGCGGGCCUGAGCACCGUUUUGGAUGUCGACAAAUACGCUAUCAUGCACCGCGUCCAAAUCCACGCGCGUGAUCUUCGCAUUAUCGAUCCUUUGCUCUCUUACCCCUCCACUAUUCUUGGUCGUGAGAAAGCCAUUGUCUUGAACUUGGAGCAUAUCAAGGCAAUUAUCACAGCUGAAGAGGUAUUGCUGCGAGAUCCAUUGGAUGGAAACGUGAUUCCGGUGGUGGCGGAACUUCAAAGGCGACUUCCACCUAGGAAUGCCAUUCGUGAAGCGCAGGCAAAUGGGAAAGAAGAUGGCGGAGGGCGUAAUGAAGUUGAAGCAGGUGAAGAAAAUGAGUCUCCGUUUGAAUUCCGAGCCCUGGAGGUAGCUUUAGAAGCUAUUUGUAGUUUUUUAGCUGCUCGUACAACAGAAUUAGAGACUGCUGCUUAUCCUGCUUUGGAUGAACUUACAUCCAAGAUCAGCAGCCGUAAUUUGGACAGGGUUCGUAAAUUGAAGAGUGCAAUGACAAGGUUGACUGCCCGUGUUCAAAAGGUGAGAGAUGAACUUGAACAACUACUAGAUGAUGACGAUGAUAUGGCUGAUCUUUACUUGUCAAGAAAAUUGGCUGGCCCAUCUUCACCUGCUAGUGGUUCUGGUCCUGCCAAUUGGUUUCCUGCAUCCCCUACCAUAGGUUCAAAGAUUUCAAAAGCAAGUAGAGCAAGUAUAGCCACAAUUCGUGGAGAUGAGAAUGAUGUUGAAGAGCUUGAAAUGUUGCUAGAGGCUUACUUUAUGCAAAUUGAUAGCACAUUGAACAAAUUAACCACACUGCGGGAAUAUAUUGAUGAUACUGAGGAUUAUAUUAAUAUUCAGCUGGAUAACCAUCGUAAUCAGCUGAUUCAGUUAGAGCUCUUUCUAAGUUCAGGAACAGUCGCUCUAUCCAUCUACUCACUGGUAACUGCAAUAUUUGGCAUGAAUAUCCCAUAUACUUGGAAUGAGAACCAUGGAUACACAUUUAAAUGGGUGGUCAUUGUCUCAGGAAUAUUUUCUGCAAUAUUAUUUGCUGCCCUUAUGUCAUACGCUCGUUACAAGGGUUUGAUUGGAUCUUGAGUAUUCAUGGUUGGAAAGGAUUUUUUUAGACUGGAAUUGCAACACUGUGCAUGAAAAUUAAUCAUGCUGCCAUGUCUUGAUGGAAGUAAGUGAAUAUAUCUACAUCUUCAAGGUAUUAUUUCUGAUAAUAUUAAUGUCAGAUGGAAGGUUCAGUGCAGAGUUAAAUAAUAAAUUUACAUGAAUGUUCAGCCUCCUGAUUUACUAGUCUCAGGAACCAAUACUGAUAGUUAUGAAAAACAGUUGAUAGAGGGCUUUUAUCUUCUUAAAUCUCCUCUUUUCAUAUUGUCUUCGAUGUUGUUGUAGUUCUGAUAGGGGUAUUAAUAGUCACUUGAACAUCAAGUAAAAUUUAUACAUCAUAUACUUGUAACAAUUAGAAUUUUAAUCAAAUAAUGGCCCUUCGGAAAA